UGACUCCACCUACAGGAAAAACACUCGCGUUUAAUUCCGGAAAUGAAGAAACUCGUGAUGUCAGGAGGAGAGUAGAAAGGGUUGAGUUGUUAAGCAUAGGAACAAUCUUCCUUUUUUGGAUUUUAUUUAUUUAUAAACACAUUCGUAGCAUCUGGCUGUAAUGGGUGCGAUGAACGGGUGGGAGACAGAUCCCCUGAGCCUCUGGGUGUCAACGCCAUGAAGUGAAGUUACUGUCAGCGACAAAACUGCUCUAUUUUGCUUCCUAUUCCUGGAUUUUCUGACCUUCAUCUAAAUAUGACCCGACAUGUUUUGGAACAGGUGACAGAUUUCGGAGAUUUUACCCGAGGUAAAGAACUGAAAGACUUUUUGAAGCAGUUUAAUAGUAAAAAUUCUACAAGAAGCUGCUUGGCUAAUAUCCGCAUUAGUCCAGAUGGGCGACACAUUCACAUUAUCCAGCGAGCUCCGAGAACUGGUCUCAUGACCCAUGACAGAUAUCAGAGAGCCCACCUAGCACAAUGGCAGGAGCAUCAGGAUUUAGUGCUGACGCGGAAUGUCUCCAUAGUUGACCUGCUUUAUUUCAACCAGCACCACUCAGAGGACGAAGCACUUCUGCUGGGAAUAAUAUUCGAGAAUGGCAAAGCAGAAAUUUGGAAAUUUGCUGAGAGGAAACGUGGAUGGAGCUUGCUUCAGACUGUGGAGCUCUGCAACAGCCCCAGAGCCAAAAUCGUUUCAGUUUGCAUUAGUCAGAAUUUCAUUAUAUGGUGUGAGGAGAGACCUCCUUCAGAGAGCUUGUCAGUCUCCAGUGUGGAUCGCAGACACUUCUCGUACUGCAUCUGCAAAAGGACUUUUGAUGUAGAUGAACGAGGGAUCUCCUUAGGCGGAGUGAAAACGGCACUGCACAAUAAUCCACAUUAUUCAGUUACCAGCACUGGAGAUAUUGUAUAUCUGCUACCAAUUAUAGAGCAAGACUCUUGCACCACUGUUAAUAAGGUGUUUUUAUCAUGGUCUCCUCAGACUGAUGUCUAUAAGGUCCACAGUGCCAGUAAUGGAACACUGCUUAUCAGAAAUACUGCAGCAAACAAGCAGUUAGACUUUAAAAGAUUGGUCACUGACUGCAUUGGGUUUCUGUCCACCAUUAUCCCACCUGACAUUUAUGGUUUUAGUCCUGUUGGACAUGGGGAUAUCCUGCUCCUUCUCAGCUCCGGUUGGGUUUGCAUGAUGCAGAGAGACGGAAGUCUUCGGCAGAUUUAUAAACUGCCUGACAACUGCCUCACUACAUGUGGGACUCAGAACAGCUUAAACGUGUAUGAUGAAAUUGUUGUACUUACAGUGGGCAGAAUGAUGUACCUAAUUGACAUUAAGUGUGGCAUGGAGUUGGAGAGGAUCCCUUUAAAAACAGAAGGCCUCCUUUUUGUGAACUGUUUGGAGACGCAUUCCCCACAGAUGUUCACAGAUGCUGGGUUAUAUACAGUAAUCCAGAAGGAGAAUGAAGCUAAAUCCCAGCCAUCCAUCGCCAAUUUACAAAAUAUUAACCUGAGUGCUGUCUUGGUUGAGGCUGUGUUUGAGGAGGCAUGUAAAUAUUAUCAACAAAGAAGUCUUAGCACCACACAGCUGACAGCUGAAAAACUUAAAAAGGGUGGGAUGUUUCAGGCACCGAUCACACUGGCAGACAUCAUCAGGAAUUAUCUGGGCAAUAGUAAGAUAAAACCGACAGUGAAGGAUUCUUCAGGACAUGAAAAACUAAUAAACUGUCUGGACACUGAGCUGAAGAGUUUAAUUGCCCUAGAAGACAUUAAAGCAUCAGUGGUGAAAGCCUCUGAAAAAGAUCUACAGAGUUAUUGUGAGACUCUUGUUCAGCAGGAACUGUGUAGACUUCUCAGCUCAGACAUCGAUCGGGAAAACCUACAAUAUCUGAAUAGUAUGUUCCAACUAUUUCCUACCCAGACUUGGCAAGCAGUAAAGGCUGUGUUCCAACUCCGAUGUAAUGGCGAUGGCUCGUUAUCCAGCAAAGCUCCUGCUGAAUUAUGGAAGAUCGUUCUAAGCCCUGUUCAGGCAACACCAAACUACUGUAAUAAUCAGCAGAAAAACACCCCAGCCAAUGGUGCACUGCCAGUCUUCGAGUUGCUGUGUCACUCCAUCUUUAAAUUCCAGCCCAGCUGGCUUCCCAAGUUUUUGGAGCUGGCACAGCAGCAGUCCAGCUCUUCAUCUACGUCUUCCUGGAAUUUCGGAAAGGAAACAUCUGAGAGCCUACCUUUAUACAAACGGGCUCUUGCGGUCAUUCCUUGUAAAAUUGCCUGUCAGGACUUGGAGGUGGAGCUGCUCUUGUGUAGCCAACGACCUAAUGCAGUAAUGCAAGCACUCCGCAUGCUCAUAGGACAAGGCCAGUGGGAUCGUGUUAUCCAGGUGGCUGAGAGAUACUGCCGUCAAAGCCCUCUUCUCAAUAAAGAGAUUUUUAGCACACUUCUGAUUGAGGUGUCCCAACAUAGAGACCUGGACCCCUACCUGGACUUACUAUGGGCCCUUUGUCCAGAGGAUAUGACUGUUACUGGAAUUUUAAACAUAGUGCUAAAAAAUUUGCCAUCCACUACACAGUCAUUGGACCCAUUCCAAGGACAUUCGGAGGGGAGUCAGCUCACCAUUGGGCUUCUAAAGCCUCUGCUGAGUAAAGUUCUCCAGCGGGAGACAAGAUCCAGCCAGAGGUAUGCAGACAUUCUGCAGUCCCCCACCUUCCCUCCACCUACACCCCAGCGUCAGGUCGUAGAGCUGCCUGAAGUCAACACUGAGCUGGACAUUGACUUGAAGGAGAAAUUGGCAUCUGGAUUUCCAGUCAGCACUGUCUGACAUUCCCAGACACAAAAUUAGUUCAGUAUCAUCAUUGACUGGUUCUUGCACAGGCAAGAUAAUGUUGUUCUUAGUGUUAUUGCUGAUACCAGAAAUAGGAACCUUAAUGGGGCCUGCAUUAAAGGCUUUUAAAAUA